UCAAGCCCCUCAUCGGAGGGCGCGAGGACUUACAAAAGGCAGGGCGUGGCGCGGAGCCUGUGCGGGACGAGGGACACUGGCGGCCCAGGGGGCGAGGCGGGCUCCGGGUCUAUUCCGGGAGCGGCGUGCAGGGGCGGGAGCCGACAGGCGGGCGGGGACGCUGGGCAAGCAUCCUGUCGGGGGAGGGGACGGGCGGAGGGCGCUCCCGCGGGGCCGGAUUGGAGAGUGCCGCGCGCCCGCCGCAGCCAGCCCUGCCGGAGGCACCGCGCCCCGCUCCGAUCGCCGGCGCCAUGGACCGAGGCCGGGUGUUGGAGCAGCUGCUCCCCGAGCUCACAGGGCUGCUCAGCCUCCUGGACCAUGAGUACCUCAGUGACACCACUCUGGAGAAGAAGAUGGCUGUGGCCUCCAUCCUGCAGAGCCUGCAGCCCCUCCCAGCCAAAGAAGUCUCCUACCUGUAUGUGAAUACAGCAGACCUCCACUCCGGGCCGAGCUUCGUGGAGUCCCUCUUUGAAGAAUUUGACUGUGACCUGAGUGACCUUCGAGACAUGCCAGAGGACGACGGGGAGUCCUGCAAAGAAACCAGCCCUGAGCCAGCCAAGAGCCCAUCUCUGAGACACGCAGCCGACCUGCCUCCACCGCUCCCCAAAAGGCCUCCACCUGAGGACUACUACGAGGAGGCCCUUCCCCUGGGACCUGGCAAGUCCCCCGAGUAUAUCAGCUCCCACAAUGGCUGCAGCCCAGCCCACUCAAUCGUGGAUGGCUACUAUGAGGAUGCAGACAGCAGCUACCCUGCGACCAGGAUGAAUGGGGAGCUGAAGAACUCUUACAAUGACUCUGACGCCAUGAGCAGCUCCUACGAGUCCUACGAUGAGGAGGAGGAGGAAGGAAAAGGGCAGCAGCCCACACAUCAGUGGCCCUCAGAGGAGGCCUCCAUGCACCUGGUGAGAGACUGCAGGAUAUGUGCCUUCCUGCUGCGGAAAAAGCGCUUCGGGCAGUGGGCCAAGCAGCUGACCGUCAUCAAGGAGGACCAGCUCCUGUGUUACAAAAGCUCCAAGGACCGGCAGCCACAUCUGAGGCUAGCACUGGAUGUCUGCAACGUCAUCUAUGUGACCAAGGACAGCCGGCACAAGAGGCACGAGCUGCGCUUCUCCCAGGGGGCUACCGAAGUCCUGGUGCUGGCACUGCAGAGCAGAGAGCAGGCCGAGGAGUGGCUGAAGGUCAUCCGAGAGGUCAGCAAGCCUGUUGGCAGUACUGAGGGGGCAGAUGUGCCCAGAUCCCCAGUCCUCCUAUGCAAGGUGGACCUGGACAAGGGGGCUGUUUGUGUCCCUCCCCAGAGGCUGUCCCAAGAGAAGCAGACCUCGGAUUCCGACAGCCUGGGCAUGGGUGACAACUGUUCCACCCUUGGCCGUGAACAUGGCAAAGGGAAGAAGAGCAGCCUAUCAGAGCUGAAGGGUUCAAUGAGCAGGGCUGCGGGCCGCAAGAUCACCCGUAUCAUCAGCUUCUCUAAGAAGAAGGCACUGGCCGAUGAUGUGCAGACGUCCUCUACCGGGGAGGAGGUUCCGUGCUGCGGUUAUCUAAAUGUGCUGGUGAACCAUGGCUGGAAGGAACGCUGGUGCCGCCUAAAGUGCAACACCCUGUAUUUCCAUAAGGACCGCACGGACCUGCGGACCCAUGUGAACGCCAUUGCCCUUCACGGUUGUGAGGUGGCCCCGGGCUUUGGGCCCAGACACCCAUUUGCCUUCAGGAUCCUGCGCAACCGGCAGGAGGUGGCCAUCUUGGAGGCAAGCUGCUCAGAGGACAUGGGCCGCUGGCUUGGGCUGCUGCUGGUGGAGAUGGGCUCCAAAGUCACUCCCGAAGCGCUGCACUAUGACUACGUGGACGUGGAGACCUUAACCAGCAUCGUCAGUGCGGGGCGCAACUCCUUCCUAUAUGCAAGAUCCUGCCAGGAUCAGUGGCCUGAGCCCCGAGUCUAUGAUGAUGUUCCUUAUGAAAAGAUGCAGGGCGAGGAGCCUGAGCGUCCUUCUGGAGCCCAGAUCAAGCGCCAUGCCUCCACCUGCAGUGAGAAGUCCCAUCGGGUGGACCCACAGGUCACAGUCAAGCGCCACGCCUCCAGUGCCCAUCAAUACAAGUACGGUAAGAAUCGAGCUGAGGAGGAUGCCAAGAGGUACCUGGUAGAAAAAGAGAAGCUGGAGAAAGAGAAAGAGACAAUCCGGACCGAGCUGAUGGCACUGCGGCAGGAAAAGAGGGAACUAAAGGAAGCCAUUCGGAACAGCUCAGGCUCAAAGUUAAUGGCUCUAGAAGAGGCCCUGGCUACCCUGGAAGCUCAGUGCCGGGCGAAGGAGGAGCACCGGAUCGACCUGGAGCUGCGGCUGGUGGCUGUGAAGGAGCGCUUACAGCAGUCCCUGGCAGGGGGCCCAGCCCUGGGGCUCUCUGUGAACAGCAAGAACAAGAUCGGGGAAACUGCAAAUAAACCCCCGAACAAUGCCCCAGAGCAACCUCUCCCUGUCAAUUGUGUUUCUGAGCUGCGGAAAAGGAGCCCAUCCAUCGUAACCUCCAACCAAGGAAGAGUGCUACAAAAAGCUAAGGAAUGGGAAAUGAAGAAGACCUAGAAAGGAGAUGAGGAUUUCAUCCAAAGAAAAUAACACUUUGUCCAUCCAAGGCAGAAAUGCUUUCUUCACAAGGAGACAUCAGAAGGCUAGAAGUAGCCAACACUCUCUGGGGCACCCAAAAGACCAAUCUUUAUUGUCUGCAUGAUUAUAUGGUAUAUGGGGAGGGAAGAAGUAGAAGAGAAGAGAGAAAUGAAGGGCAUCCUUACAACUUUACAGAGGGUGGAAAUGGGGAUGGAGGGAGACAGAAAUCUGCACAGUUGUAAAGGUUUGGUUAAAUGUCUUUGCGUUCCCUUCUAAAGAAGAAAUGAAAGCACA